UUCUAUUGUUGUGAUGAGAGUCCCACUGGUCAGAGUGUGGGAACCCCAGCCCUGCCUCAGCCACAUGGCUUUGUUAUGCUAAUCACGGGAGUAUAAAUUGAGGAGCAGCUCCUCCAGAGACACCAGAGCCAGCAGAGCUGUUAAGAAGAAGCAUCUCUCUAUACCUGCACAGACAUGGCCCCUUGCAUAACCAGCUACUCAUCGACUCACCACCUGAGGAACUCUGAGAAGGAAAACAUAAAACUCAGAAAGCCUGUUGUGGAAAAAAUGCGCAGAGAUCGCAUCAACACCUGCAUUGAGCAGCUCAAAGUCAUUCUGGAGAAGGAGUUCCACACGCAGGAGCCCAACUCCAAGCUGGAGAAAGCUGACAUCCUGGAGAUGACAGUGAGCUUCCUGAGGCAUCAGCUGCAGUCGGGCCUCGGCCACAGAGACUACAACCGGGGCUACUCUCACUGCUGGGAGGACUCCUUGCAUUUCGUCUCUGCCGGCUCCAACACAGAGGCCUCCAACAAAGCUCCUCUCCAGGGUCGCCUGCAGCAGGAACAGAUGCCUCAUCAGCCCCAGAGAACCAUCAUCUCCUCCCCAGUCUGCUCCAACUUCAGCCCCUCCACAUUGCAGGACAGCAGCAGGAGAGGGUCCGUGUGGAGGCCUUGGUAGAGACUCAGACACUCUGAGAUCUCUCCCUCAUGCACGAAAGACACUUCCAGCCCACUCAUUCAGCCUGGGUUUCCUUAUCGUCUCAUCAUAUUGAUGGACAAGUAGAACAAUGAGCUAUCACUCCCUGGAUCUUUGACUAUGAUGUUUCUUCAUUUGGGUUUAAAGCAGGAAAUUAAAAUUGAGCGAUUUUGUUGAAUCUUGUAAUUGUUUACUCCAGUGGAGUUUAUUUUUGGACUGCUUCAUGUAACAAUAUAUGCCUGGGGUACUGUGUUUUACUGACAGCCGCUGUUGAGAAUAUUUCUCUUCUCCUUGGAAUUAUCUAUGCUAAAUGCCAUGUUUGAUGAAGAUUUCUGUCCGUCAGUGAAACAUGAUGAAUUUAUUGACACUAUGUGAUUGGAUGCUGAAUUUGAUGUUGUGCUUUCAAAUUUUGGCUUUUAAAACAAAUGUUGAAUAUUUGUAUGACAAUUAAUA